AUUUAAAAUGUCCAGUUUUUGACGUUUUGCUGCCAUUUUAUUUUAUAGUAUACUGGCCUUUUUCUAGUCUAUAAUGUAUACCUUUUGCAUAUUUUAUAUUUUCAAAUGCUUAGCUAUGCGGUAAUUUAUAUCGCUGUGUUCAUUUUUACAUGUGAACGGUACAACGCUAUGGAUAAUCAGCCUUUACAGUCAUUUGGUGACCACUUCUUUCAACAAAUCGUCGAUUUUGAUAAUGUAAAAGAACCUCGUUCCGGUCCACAACGCGAAAAUGAUGUUUUAGAAGAAAGAGAAAGAGUGGGCAAAGAAGAAAACAAAGAAAACUGUCCACUGAAGCAAAAGUAUUCGCCAUGUUCAAGUUAUGACAUAAAGAGAAACAGGAGACCUUUUACCAAGAGGGAAUUGGACGAAAUAGGAUCGCUUUUUGUGAACCAUUUGUUUGAAAGUGAUCAUGAAUUUAGUAAUACAAAAGAGGAUUUUAAAACAAGUAUCAACAGGGACAUGUAUGACUUUAAAUUUAAAAAAGGAGCAGUUUAUGGAAAAGUCAAACAGAAGAAUAAAGGAAAUAGUACUAGAAUUUGUGAUGAAGAGUUUGUCCAAAGUCCAAGCAGGCAUCAUAAAGAAACUUCAAAUGGUUUUGUAACAAUGCCUUUUUAUAAGCACAACUCCUACAAAACUGAUCAAAAAAAUAAAAACGAGAGAUGUAUCGCCGUUAACUUGUAUCCAGAAAAUAAAAUUCCGCACCAAUAUGACUACAUAGCCUUUUUAUCAGAUGAUGACAAAUUUGUCAAUGUUCCUGCACUCAGAUUUAAUGUUUUUUCGGACCGAAACCGUCGAACCGAUAAUUUCUCUCCUUUCUUCGUUUCCACAUACAAGAAAGGAUCCCAUCGACUUCAUGAUUUGGAAAAAUUGAAAUGUCAACAUUGCACUUAUGUUCCCAUUCUGUUCAUCAACACAAUUCCGGAUACCCUUAAAAAACUUUCAAAAAGAUCUCCCAAAAACAUGUAUUUACGCAGAGCCGAUUUAUUGAUAGAAAAUAUCAAAACUUCGCUCAAAAUGCAAACGCAUGAUGCGGAAACCCCGAAGUUUGUUGAUGGUGCAGUUCUGGUCAAUUUAAGGUUUAAGCAGAAAAAAGACAUUAGUAAAGAUCUUCAUAGUACUUUUACAUAUCAGAACCGAAAACAAGGAUCUGCUAUGCAAAAUUUUCUUUUCAAAAACCUAAUCGAUUCUGUAAAAUUGCGUCAUGAUAAAAUGGUGAAGAAAGAAAUUUCGACAGAUUCAUCAAAACUAGCCAAUGCUUCGGUAAAUAACAAACAGAAUACUGACGAAUCGGGAUCGGCACCGCCAAAACAGAGUGACGAUCUUUUGACAUCAUUUCGUUUCUCAAAUGAAACAUUUAAAGAUUUAGAAGAAAUACCAAACGAAAAUUUUACUUCGACUGUAGUAACUCAGAAAACUACAGAAACUCUAUCUUUUCCCACCAAAAUUGAAGAAACAAAUGCACCGGAAGAAAGUAUAGCUGUCCCAGUGGAAGAAAAUAAUCUUUCAGAAGCGUUUCAGUUUCCGAAUUUGAAAACGUUUCAAAAGAUAAAGUCAGCGUUUAAAAGCUGGAUGUCUCCGGGCAGUGAAAGUACUAGUGUUGGCGCGAAAUAUUUAAAAGACACCACUAUUAUUGCUACUACAACUUCUGUAGUUUCGGAAACUUCCCCAGAAACUAUAUCUUCUUUGACAACUUCCGAGAUGCAAAGUAGUAUUUCGGAAGUCAAAGAAAUUUUACCAUCUUUAUCAACAUUUAAAACUUCUACUAAGUCUGCAGAAACAAAGCAAAGCGUGAAGUUAACUUCACUAGCACAGCAACUUAUUCCUACGCACGUAACCUACACAUCAAGCAGUUAUCAACUGAACGCAUAUCAAGAAAAAAAAACACAAAUGGAUCAUCCUUACGGUACCCCACCAAACUAUGGAACAAAUGAAUAUCAAGCAAAUAAUCCGCAAAUGGAUCAUCCUUACGGUACCCCACCAAACUAUGGAACAAAUAAAUAUCAAGAGAAUAAUCCCCAAAAGUAUCACCCUAAUGGUGAGUCAUCAAACUAUGGAACAAAUGAAUAUCAAGCGAAUAAUCCCCAAAUGUAUCACCCAUACGGUCAGCCACCAAAUUACGGAACAAAUGAGUAUCAAAAUUAUAAUCCUCAAACAUAUUAUCCUUACGGACAGCCACCACUUUACGGGACAAAUGAGUAUCAAGAAAAUAAUCCUCAAAUAUAUCCUCCUUACGAACACGUACCAACUUAUAGACCAAAUGAGUAUCAAGAGAAUAGUCCUUAUUACAACGCACCACCCUAUAGCUCAAAUGAAUAUCAAGAAAAUUAUCAACCUCAAUUAUAUCCUCCAUAUUAUCACGAACCAAACUAUGGCACAAAUGAGUAUCAAGAAAAUAAUCCCCAAAUAUAUCCUCAAGGUUAUCCUCCUUACAAUCACGCAUCAACCUAUGAAUAUCAAGAAAAUAAAGCCAAAGUACAUCCUUCAACUUACAGCCCACAGGAGUAUCAGGAGAGUAAUCAUCAAAUAUAUCCUCCUUAUUAUCAUCAACAAAAUGGAGUAAGUGACUAUCAAGAAAAUAAUCCUCAAGUAUAUCCACCUUACUAUAACGAACCAACUUAUAACCCAAACGAGUAUCAAGGAAUUAAUCCCCAAGGAUAUCCACCAUAUUAUCACAUGUCAAAUGAGUAUCAAGAAAACAAUGCACAAUUAUAUCCCCCUUAUUAUCAAGCGUCAACUUUUAGCACAAAUAAGUAUCAAAGUAUUAGUCCCCCAGUUUAUUCCUCUCACAAAUACGUACCAACCGAACGAACAGAUAAAUAUCAAGAAAAUAAUAAAUACCACGUACCUACCUAUAGCACGAAUGAGUAUCAAGAAAAUGGUCCCCAACUGUACCCUCCCUAUUAUCAGAAACCAACCUAUAGCGCAAAUGAGUAUCAAGAAAAUAAUCCUCAACUAUAUCCACCUUACUAUCAAGCACCAAAUUAUGGUACAAAUGAAUAUCAAGAAAAUAAUCCACAACUAUAUCCUCCCUAUUAUCAAGAACAGAAUGCUCAUUUAUAUCCUUCGCAAAAUCCUUUUACAGAAGUCCCGACUCUUAGUACAAAGAAAUAUCAAAAAAAUAUGCCUAAAAAUCGAGUUUCGACCCACAGAACAAACGAAUAUCAAGAAAAUAAUCCCCAAGUAUAUCCUCCGUAUUAUCAAGCACCAAGUCCCAAUGGAUAUCAAGAAUAUAAUCCACAACUAUAUCCUCCUUACUAUCAAGUACCAAACUAUGGUACGAAUGAAUAUCAAGAAAAUAAUCCACAACUAUAUCCUCCCUAUUAUCAAGAACAGAAUGCUCAUUUAUAUCCUCCUGCUCACAAUCUUUAUGCAGAAGUGCCGACCACUAGUACAGAAAAAUAUCAAAAAAAUAAACCUAAAAGUCGGGUUUCAACCCUCAGAACAAAUGAAUAUCAAGAAAAUAAUCCCCAAGUAUAUCCUCCGUAUUAUCAAGCACCAAGUCCCAAUGGAUAUCAAGAAUAUAAUCCUCAACUAUAUCCUCCUUACUAUCAAGUGCCAAACUAUGGUACAAAUGAAUAUCAAGAAAAUAAUCCACAAUUAUAUCCUCCCUAUUAUCAAGAACAAAAUGCUCAUUUAUAUCCUCCUGCUCACAAUCCUUAUACAGAAGUGCCGACUACUAGUACAAAAAAAUAUCAAAAAAAUAAACCUAAAAAUCGAGUUUCAACCCUCAGAACAAAUGAAUAUCAAGAAAAUAAUCCCCAACUAUAUCCUCCGUAUUAUCAAGCACCAAGUCCUAAUGGAUAUCAAGAAUAUAAUCCUCAACUAUAUCCUCCUUACUAUCAAGUGCCAAAUUAUGGAACAAAUGAAUAUCAAGAAUAUAAUCCACAACUAUAUCCUCCCUAUUAUCAAAAACAAAAUGCUCAUUUAUAUCCUCCGUCUCACAAUCCUUAUACAGAAGUUCCGACCAAUACUACAAAAAAAUAUGAAAAAAAUAAACCUAAAAAUCGAGUUUCAACCCACAGAACAAAUGAAUAUCAAGAAAAUAAUCCCCAAGUAUAUCCUCCGUAUUAUCAAGUGCCAAGCUCUAAUGGAUAUCAAGAAUAUAAUCCUCAACUAUAUCCUCCUUACUAUCAAGUACCAAACUAUGGAACAAAUGAAUAUCAAGAAUAUAAUCCACAACUAUAUCCUCCCUAUUAUCAAGAGCAGAAUGCUCAUUUAUAUCCUCCUGCUCACAACCCUUAUACAGAAGUGCCGACCAAUAGUACAAAAGAAAAAGAAAAAAAUAAACCUAAAAAUCGAGUUUCUACUCACAGAACAAAUGAAUAUCAAGAAAAUAAUCCCCAACUAUAUCCCCCGUAUUAUCAAGUGCCAAGCCCUAAUGGAUAUCAAGAAUAUAAUCCUCAAUUAUAUCCUCCUUACUAUCAAGUGCCAAAUUAUGGAACAAAUGAAUAUCAAGAAUAUAAUCCACAACUAUAUCCUCCCUAUUAUCAAGAACAGAAUGCUCAUUUAUAUCCUCCUUAUAAAGAAGUGCCAACCUAUAGUACAAAAAAAUAUCAACAAAAUAAUCCUAAAAAUCGAGUUUCAACCCACAGAACAAAUGAAUAUCAAGAACAUAAUCCCCAAGUAUAUCCUCCGUAUAAUCAAGCACCAAGCCCCAAUGGAUAUCAAGAAUAUAAUCCCCAGAUAUAUCCUCCGUAUUAUCAAGUACCAACCUAUAGCCCCAACGGAUAUCAAGAAAAUAAUCCCUACGGAUAUCGUCCUUAUGAUGAAAAAACAAAAGAGUACCAGAAGAACAAUCCCCCAAAUAAAGACCAAAGAAACAAACACCCUAUAUCAACCUUUAGAACAAAUACGGACGAAAAGAAUAAACCCAAAGAACAUAAUCCUUACGGUCCCAUUUCAACCUACGGAACAAGUGAAUAUGAAACAAACAUUCCUACAGUGAAAUCCCCUAAUUUUCAAACAAACAUAAAAGACAAUAGUCCUACAGUAACUCCAGCUCCUGAUAGAUAUGGGCCCUCAACGUAUCGAAGCGAAAAUUUUAAAGAAGGAAGUUCAAACGAAUUUGGCAACUACAGAGACGACGAUCUUAGUGGUAUCUUAGAUUUACUAGGACACGAUCUAGACAGUGAUAAUAUUCACACGAGUGAUACUAGAGAGCAGGGUAUACUAGAAAAAAUCAAAAGUAAAUUACGUAUUUUAUCUAAAGACCUGAAACUAAUGAUGGUGAUACAAAAUUUACUAUCUAAAUCAAAAGAGCGGUCAAAGAAGCGAAUAAGAAGAAUUAAAAAAUUUGUACCUUUCAGUACUCGUCUUCGAUCCAAAAGAAGAAAGAUCACAGCUUCUAGGAACGAAAAAGUGAAAAAAGGCAAAAGGCUGAGACAUGUUUUGCAACGGAGAAAGAGAAGAUUGGUGAAAAAGCGAAAAAAGGGCAAGACGUGAAAAUUGUAUUACUAAUGUGUGGAUUUCUCAUCCUUUUGCAAGAAAUUCUAGGAAAGAACAGUCAACGAGGUAUCUACUUUCGCUUAAUUUUAAGUCAUAACAAGUGAAAAUAUGAUAAUAGGUUUGAAAUGCGAUAAUUAAACGUAAAAUUUAACUUG